GGAAAACAUUACGCCAUUACUUCAGUUUUCAAGCCAGUAACUAGGGUUUCUUGUUUAUAGAGUAGAUAAAACUUCAAAAAGAAAAGAAAUGUCAUAUGAUUACAGUGAUUCACUGCCUGCAGAAGCUGCCAAACGUUAUCAAGAGAAACUACAAUCGCUUGGCCUUGAAAAAUGCCCUUACAAGCUCCCUGCUGACGAUUGGAUUGACGAUCCGACUGAGUGGCCAAGUUUGACCUAUCACCACCUAUAUCACUACUUGAUAAGACGGUCUGCAACUAGUGUUAAUACACCAGCGUUAAAUUGGGGAAGAAAUCAUGAGGAUGAAGCAAUAACAUUAUAUGAAAAUGUUUCUGCAAAUCCGGAGUUUAUAACCGAUUUUUUACCGGUCACCGAUGUCUCCACCCAUGAAAAUUUCAAAGUUGGUCGCUUGGGUCUUUGUAUACACACCGUGAAACAAUGGUAUGGACCCUCUCCUGAUGCCGCAACAUCAUGUGACUGUUGUGGUUUCGGUGUGUUGGAAGUAAAGUGUCCAUAUAGUUUGAAAGAGAAAUCGUUGAAAAAAGAAAUUUAUUCUGGAAAGUUUUAUAUUACAUAUAUAUGAUGUAAACAAUGGGUAUACUUUGAAAAAUAAUCAUACUUAUUACUACCAAGUUCAACUAGAAAUAUUUACAACAGCUGUCAAGUGGUGUGACUUUAUGGUCUGGACACCAACUGAAUUUAUAAUAAUAAGAAUAUCAAAAGAUAAGGAAUUUGAGAAAAAUGUCAUUCCAUCGUGUGAUUUAUUUUGGAAAAACAUUAUCCUGAUGACACGAAAAAGUUAAAACACCGAGAUUGACACCGCUGAAUCGCCUGCAGUUAAUACUCCUACCACUAAAAAGCUUUACUGUAUAUGUAAAACUGAUGAUCCAACAGGAGAAAUGGUGACGAGAAAAACACGGGAGGAAUUUAGACUAUGUUCACACAUUGCGGAUAGAUGUCAAUAGAUGUGCGGGUAGAUAUAACUCAAUUUUUUGUCAGACUUGCAAGCAUUGGGUACAUAAGAAGUGCAGUAGUAUUGGUGGAAGGUUAAGAGCUGACAUUCAGUUUGUAUGCAAGCGCUGCAAAGGUGAGUAUUUCCAGCUUCAAUGAUCUACAACAGCGGCUCGUUAGAGAUAGUUGAGAACUUCUGUUGCUUAGGUGAUAUGUUGGGCAGUGAAGGGGGUGUUGGAAGAAGUGUCACUUGCAGGAUAGGUUCUGCUUGGAAAAAGUUCGGAGAGUUACUUCCUUUGUUGACUAGCAGAGUCUUGUCAAUUGAGUUAAAAGGUAGGUUGUAUGAGGCCUGUGGAAGAAGUGUUAUGUUGUACGGUAGUGAGACAUGGGCAGUGAAGCAGGAAGAUCUUGACUGUUUAGAUAGGAGUGAUAUGAGAAUGGUUAGGUGGAUGUGUAACGCCAGUCUGAGAGACAGAAAGAGUUCAGAUGAGCUAAGAAACAGGUUAAGUAUCCGUAGAAUUAAAGAUGUUAUCCAGAUAAGAAGAUUGAAUUGGCUGGGGCACUUGGAAAGAAUGAAGGGAGAUAAUUGGGUAAGAAAGUGUAGAGACUUGAUAGUUCCUGGGGCAAAGCUCAGACGCGGACCGAGAAAGACUUUGCAGGAGGUUAUAAGGACAGACUUGAUAUAGAGGAAGUUGAGUUUAGAUCUAACACAGUCAAGAUCAGAUUGGAAGAGGGUCAUUAAUAUACCCCGUCCAACCCAUGCUAGCAUGGAAAACGGAUGUUAAGCCGAGAAUGAUGAUGAUGAAUGAUGAUGAUGAUGUCGUUUCGGAAUGAUUUUUGUUGCGGGUAGGCCUCACGUUCACACGGUUUCAAAGCUAUCAGAUAUGCGAAACGGGAUGAUUCCGUUCCGGUAUAAAUAGUGAAAUGAAUCCGCUCCUCUGUUUUUCGAAAAUCAUGUUCACACGUCAUUCCGAAACAAAACGAUUCCGAAAUAAAACCUAUCCGCAAUGUGUGAACAUAGUCUUAGUAUGCUUGAAAAAAAAGAUCUGAGACAAAGGGUGAAAGGGAUUUGAUGAGUGGUGAAAUUGAGAUGGAAGAGACAAAUUGAUUUUCUUUAUAUAUCAUAUAAAGAGACUGGAGAUGAAAAAUGAUUUUGCGGAAAUAGAGGUUCUCGCUUUUUUAAAAGAAAUGCGUGUGACUUUAACAAUAUUCUUUCAGUGUGUGAGGUAUUGAAAAUGCUUGUGUCACUCGCUCAAUGCGUGCGAGUUGACACGUCAUUGAUAUUGGCUGGAAUGACCCGAAUACAUUUCGAAAUGGACAGGUUGAUGACGUCAUCAAAAUCUCUUUCGUCAAAAGUGCAUUUUCCAUAUAUAUUUGGCGGGUAUUUGCUGACUUUAGCAAAAUUAAACCCUUAUAUAUAUAUAUCCACAUAUUAUGAUACAGCAAUUGUUAAAAUUUGUUUAAAUGUUUUGAUUGUUGAUAUGAUACCACACAUUUCAGGAUGUAAAAAAUCAGGUUGGACAACGUUACAAUGAUUUUGUACAAUUAUGCAGUAAAUCUUUUGAAUAUUUUUACAGGAUACAGAGAUGGAAGUCAGGCCUGGAAAUUUGGCAAAAACGAUCGUUUUGUUUCUGCGACGUUUCCGUGAAUCAAUAAAGACAGUAUGGUAAAUUGUUUCCCUUGGACAAUACUUCAAAUUAUAAUAAUUUUAUAUUAUUUAAACCGAUUGAAUAAUCCACUAAUUGUCUUUCAAAAUUUAUUGUGCUUCUUUUUAGCGAAUUUUAUUAAGAAGGCUGGAAAACGUUUUAAACCAAAACCCCUGGAGAAAUCCACUCAAGAACAUUUAAAAAAUUUUUAUGUUUUAUAUCACAAAGUCAUUUUUUGUCAAUUUUAAUAAAAAGGUAUGAACAAUGAAUUAAAACUUUUAAACUAAAUAACAGUAAUAACAAUGUUAAUUGCCUGUAACUUUAAUUAAUUUAUAAUAAAGCACUUGUUACAGUAAAUAAGCAUGCAAUGUGAUUCUUAAUGAAAUCAUAUUGUUUUAUAACAUGAUUUGUAGACAAUUACAAUUGUAAACAAAACAUUUUUAAAAUACGGAACAUUUUUAUAGGGAAUAUUAUAGACGCUUUUAAAGAAAAUUGUAAACAAUAUAUUCCACUUUGGCUGUUAUAGACAGACACAGUCUCUGGAUUAUUAUAGAGAUAUAUUUAUAUUAUUUUACUACUACA